AUGUUCGGUCGUCAACAACGAAACUUCCCCAAGCGAAGCGGCUCCGGCUACUCCUCCUGGCCCGAGAGCGACAGCGAGGACGACAUGAUCAGGCCCUGCGCCACCAACUCAGAGAAGCCCGAGGCCCACGUCACCAUGACCGAGUACGCCCCGGCCACCGCCCCGGCUGCUGUGGAGAACGCCGCACACCCGAGACCCUCCCUCACCGGCCGCCGCUCCUCCGCCGACGGCGCCGACCUCGAGGAGAUGUGGGAGUGCAUGCUCGAGCUGCAGCAAAAGUACCACUGCUACAACUCGACCCGCAUGGAGAUUGCCGCCGACAGCGAUGAUGCCAUGGAGAUGAUGCCUACCCGUGCCUGCAUGGACAUGCUCAACGACUCCAUCGAGUCCCUUCCCGAGGAGGGCUGGAAGAAGCUCAGCAAGUACCUCGUCCCGGAGUGUGACGCGUGUCAGAAGCCGCAGAAGUGGAAGUUCUGGAAGCAUGCCUAG